AUGCUCGUCGUCGCCAUCACCACCAGAGCACCGACGGAUGGUGCUGCUCUUGCUCUUGAUUCAUGGUACGUCACCACCACUACCGGAGAUGAGAUUAGGACCGAUGAGGUAGUCGUGAGAGAAUUCGGUCGCGUUUGCGACUGUUGGGGUUUGUCGUUGUUACAACCGCAGUGUAGCUAUUCUCCCGUGAAGUUGUUGCCGAUCGUCAUGAGUCAUGACUCCCACCUACUGCCAGCGCUGCUGCCAUUUGCAAGUUCAGCCAACCGCAACCAUCGUGCGCCGCUAGGUGGGUAG